GCGCACCGAGUGGGAGGCGACAACCUGCCCCGUCUGCCACACGCAGCCUCCACUCAGAGUUGUUUGCUGUUUGUUGUGGUGGAAGGAAGACAUCAAGAAGCUUCAGCGUGUAAAGAGAAAAAAAAAAUGGAAAAUGAGAGCAGGAGGAAGAUGAAGGAGAAAUUUGGCCUGAGGCGGGACAUCUUUAAGGAAUUCCUGGCGGAGUCUCUGGGGAUAUUUGUCCUGAUACUCUUCGGAUGUGGUUCAGUGGCCCAGACGGUGCUGAGUAAAGGGGCGCUCGGCGAGCCGCUCACCAUCCACAUCGGCUUCACCCUGGGAGUCAUGAUGGCCGUGUACAUGGCAGGAGGAGUGUCAGGAGCUCAUGUCAACCCUGCAGUCUCCCUGGCCAUGGUGAUCCUGGGGAAGCUCCCCCUCAAGAAGUUUCCUGUGUAUGUGGUGGCACAGUUCCUGGGUGCUUUUGUGGGAUCCUGUGCAGUCUACGGGUUGUAUUACGAUGCUUUGAUGGACUAUACCAAUGGUGAUUUUCAAGUUACCGGAGCAAAUGCGACAGCCAACAUAUUUGCAUCUUACCCAGCAAAGCAUCUGUCAGUCCUCAACGGCUUUGUUGAUCAGGUAAUUGCCACAGGUGCAUUGGUCCUCUGCAUCCUGGCCAUCACUGACAGGAAGAACAUCGGCGCUCCAAAAGGUGUGGAACCGCUGUGCAUCGGCCUGGCCAUCCUGGCCAUCGGCGUGUCCAUGGGACUGAACUGUGGAUAUCCCAUCAACCCAGCGCGAGACCUGGGCCCGCGGUUCUUCACGGCGGUGGCCGGAUGGGGCAUGGAAGUAUUCAGGGCCGGAGGCUGCUGGUGGUGGAUCCCUGUCGCAGGGCCCAUGGUGGGCGGAGCAGUCGGAGCAGGCGUCUACUUUCUGUUCAUCGAGCUGCACCACCAGGAGCCCAAGAAACAGGAGGAGAACAACAUCCAGGACAAAUACGAAAUCAUCACUAUGAGUUAAAGUUUCUGUGGAUCUGAUGGUUUGUCGUGAAGCAUUUACCUUACUGGAGGCGUUUAUAGUGCAUGCUGAGAGUUUCGCAAAGCCUUCAAAAAGUCUAUUUUUGUUGAGAUUUUUCAGGUUUAAACUUAAACUUUACUGGGCGUCUUUCCUACACUAAGCUUGAUUAAAGUUCAUCUUCUUUUUGCACAAUCAUUUCAUCUUAUCAUCAUCUCCCUAUUUAUUUUCUUUAUGGCCACAGUUUCUUCCUCAUCACUGAUUUCCUGACUGGGGUCAUUUCCUUCGAUUAGAAUUGUUUGCCAAGGUUUCUCUACAACAUUUUUAUUUUUAUUAAUUUGUACUGACAAACAUAUAUUGAUUAGCUUCAAAUGAUUUACUGUGAAAGUUUAAUGGUUUGCACCACAUAUGGAUGAAUUUAUGAUUUGAUUAGUGGAGUGAUUUUCUCAUUGUCUUUCAUUUUAUUCUUUGCAUGCAUUAAUGAUUGACUGUUUUAUCUUGCUUAGUGUUUUACUCGAUAGAAGGAAAAAAAAAAAAAAAAAAGAACCAGCCUUAAAAUUGUACUGGCACUGCUUCCUUUUUCACUUAUGCCCAUAUAUAUUUGUGACACUCUACACGUUUUCUCAGAACAGCAGGUAUGAAAAAGCCAUACGUUUGCCUCAUACAUUUACCGUUCAGCUUUGUUUUUUGGAGGGAAAUAAAGGUUUUCAGAUGUCAGGUGUUUCUGACUGAGGCACAUUUUCUGUCAGUGGUUCUGUGAGAACACUGACCGCAGCUGUUUACAUUGAAAUACUCUCCAGAACUGAGGUUAAAUCUGAAAUAAAUCCCAGUUAAGGACUUUUUAUGAGUGGAAAUCGAGUGACAGUACUGUCACAAAAAUGUGAAAUACUUGUGCGAAAGACAAUCCUGCAGAAAACACAGAUUUUUCACACAGUCUGACUGGAUCCCGAGCUUCAGACACAACUGUCACGACGCUGGGAGUGCGAGAACAUGUGAAUGUGGAUAUUUGGCCGCAGUUGAGAGCAUUAACUGCAAAGUCAUGCACGGACUGCACAGUCAUCUUAGCACAGCAUUUAUGCAUCACAUGACCAAUUAGGCAGUUAUUUGGAGUUGUAAAUCAAUAAAAUGAAGGAGUAGCUUGUUACACUUAAUGCUAUUAACUGAUGUCUGUGAAAUGAUUAUUAAUCUGAUAUUUUUUCCUCUUGUCCGACACUUCAAUGUCAAAACCUUUGUCAAGCAAAAGAAAAGUGUUUUUUGACCUUUUGUUUUUGAAUUUGCUUUCUCAAAAAAAAAAUCAGAUUUCUGUAUCUGACCUGUUUUUCUAAUACACUAAUAAUUGCAUUCUAAUGUUGAAUGAAAUGUUCACUUGUUUUACAGCUGCGAUAUUAAAAAAUGAGUUGGAGUUUAUGAUGGCACAAUGUUUUGUGACACAUGAUUCUGGAAUCUAUCAACG